CUGUUGGAUACCUUUGAACCGGACACGAAAUUGGAACGACAGCCAGAAGUCGGAAGUCGGUGGUUUGACAAUUUGCUGGCGGGAGAAAAAUGAAUAGGUUCAGUGUGGAAGGCUCGUUGCAAACUCCCUGCGGAACAAGUAGACCUAUACAGUAAUGAAUUUACACAUUACUAGCUAGUUAAAUUACUACAUGUAGGAACAGCAAUGGAAAAAUAAGCAAGUUCAAACUAAGUGCCGAGUUUCGUCUGUCAUUCAUAAGUCACGCCGGUACAGCAUUUUCAUCUGACAGCAAUACAAUGGUCCAAAUAAUUGUCUCAAGUGUGAGCGGCAGCGGCAUGACAGAGUGGAUCCUGGUGGAACUGCAGGGGGAGGUGAUAUCCAGGGGGAACGAUGGGCUGGCUGGGAACGUCAUGGGAGACCUAGUCUACACCAAGGAGGGAGUGCCCGUGCUUAUCGUGGGACAUCACAUCCUGUACGGCAAGGUGGUGAAGCUGGAGAAGCCACUUGCCGUCCUCGUGAAACACUCGGGGCACGGCAGCGACCAGGUUCCCAUGGAGACUGACGUUCCACAAGGCCCCACCUCCUACUCUGUCUCCGCCCUCAUCAAGAGGAAGCUCAUCUUUAAGACACGCCCCAAACCUAUUAUCACUAAUGUGCCCAAGAAGGUGUAACGGCACUUGGCUGACUACCUGAGUCAGCAAUGGACAAAGGUUGUUUAUAGCGCUGCAAAGCUCAUCACUUUUAAUGUAGCUUUGUAGAUUUGGUGGUAGUUUGUUAGUUCUGGCAGUCAGUUGUAUGCACUUCUCAGUUAAAUGGUUGGAUCUGGCAUUAUGUACUACAUGAGAAAUGUUCAGGUCAGGAACACAUGACACCACAACAAUCAACUAAGAAUAUUUUUUAUUCAAAUAAAACUAAGAUUUCCAGAUGUA